AUGGCCGCAUUAAUGGGUGACGUCUUUACCGAUACUCCUCGCUUCCACGACAGGAUGCACUCCUCUCAACACUAUCAAAGCCCCUCCCACUCGUCAUCCUCGCCAUCGACGACGACUACCUCCUCCGCCGCCGGCACCCGCCCAAGAACAACCUCGAUUCAUAACCCUCAGUCUCGCCCGAGUCCGAGCCCCAGGAGGCAGGCCUCCGCGACCGCCACUACCCCAAUCCCACGAUGUGCUUCCUCCUCUCAGCAGCAACAACAACACCACCCUCAAGGUUGGAUCGAGUCCACACCAAACACCGAUGACGCACAGACAAAGCAUCAACAACACCAAGAGUCCACUGGGGGCGCCUCCCGCUUCCCUUCCCCGCCUUCGUCCGCUUCUCCAAACAGACCUCUCCGACAACAGCUGCAUGGCGUCCACGAUACAGUCCCAACACAACCGUCUGACCCGUCUUCAGCCUCAUCUUCCACCGCUUCGUCUACUAGCACCGCAGCUACCGUAAUCCCCGCCGACCAUUCCGGGAUUGCGAGGGGUAUUCCUUCUCCGGCCCCGGACGCCGAUAACAACACCACCCGCACCUGGCGGCCCAGCCACCGUACUGUUCCGUCCAACAACCGCAUCCCAAUCCUUGACCAAGCCAACACCCCCACUGCUCGCACCCCCAACUACCAACAAGCUCACCAACUUCCCCCUCCACCCCAGCCCAAGGUUAUCAACAUCCGCGACCUUCACCACAUUCAGGCCCUCGUUCAACAAGAUGGCCACCCGCUCUCCGCCUCCUCCGGGACUGGCAACGGCAUGCUUACCGACGACCUCCCGCUCCAACAAAUGCGCUACGAAAUCAGCGGGAUGCCCAUCUCGGAUAUCAUCGAAAUGGUGGCGGCACUGUUGACCAAGAUCACGACGACCAACGACUUGCAGCAUGACGCUUUGCAAAGAAAUCAGGUGCAUUUGAGACAGGCGAGCACAGGCUCGACACCAAGAGGAACGACAACGACGAGAGAAGGAAGGGGAGGAAAAUAA